UCUCGGCUGAUCUCUCGCUGUCAUUCGGCCACGGUCGGUUCCAGGAGAGAGGGGCAGCCAAGAAGAAGAAGAAGAGGCAGCACACAGGGAACGGCUGCGCUCCGUUUAAAGGACAGGGACAGCCAGCGAGAAAAAAAACACUGGAGGCACGCGGACAAUGAAACCGAGCGAGUAGGGCUUGUACGUGCACCGCGGCCGGCUCGAUCUCACACUUGCCAACAUUAACAAAGCGGUUUGAUGAUCCGGUGCAGGUUCGAGGCAGCAGAUAGAGAGCUGUGUCACUGAGCAGGCAGGACACGUCAGGAGAAGGGAGAGCGAGCGAGUGAGCGAGCGAGAGAGAGAGAGCGAGAGAGAGAGAGAGGAAAAAAAAGCUGACCGACCGCACUGUACGAGUCAGCUAUUAAACCGCCAGAGAAAAGCUUCUGCCUGCCGCGCUCAUUGUUUCAAGGACACCGGCUCGCUCUCAGCCCGACGCAGAGAUCUCGACAAAGACAUCGCCGAGGUCGAAGGUGGUGAUCAGAAGGACCAAACGAUCACGGGAUAGUAUUUGUUUGUGGGGGUAGAAAACAAAUGGGGGAUUACGGGUUCGGAGUCCUAGUUCAAAACAAUACUGGCAACAAGUCUGCAUUCCCGGUCCGAAUCCACCCGCAUCUGCAGCCCCCUCACCACCACCAAAAUGUGUCGCAGAGCCCUGCUGCUUUCAUAAACAGCACCACAGCCGCAGGGAAUGGCACCACGGGAGGCUCUCCGUGGCUCUUCCCUGCCUCCGCCACCCACAACAGCGUGCAAGACGAAAUCCUGGGGGGCCCAGAAAAGCCCAAAGCACAGCAGCAACAGGAAAUGCAAGAAACGCAAGAAAAGCAGCAGCAGUUGUCUCCUGGGAGUCACCAGGAGGGUGGAAGUGGUGUUGGGAUAAUUUCAGAACUGGAAAAAGCCCGGUCAGAGGACGGCAAGGCGGAGAACGGCACGUCCGAAAGCAGCAAUGGAAAGGAGAAGCAGCUCCGCCUGGAGUCUCCUGUUCUGACGGGCUUCGACUACCAGGAGACGUCUGGUCUUGGGGGGACAGGCCCAGUCCAGUCCAGUACAACCUCAUCAUCGCUCACUGGCUUCAACAACUGGUCAGCUGCCAUCCCGCCCGCGCCGUCAACUAUUAUCAACGAGGACGUCAGCUUUUUCAACCCGGCCUCCGCCAACAACGGGCCCCUGCUGUUCCAGAACUUCUCGCACCACGUCAGUCCAGGGUUUGGUGGGAACUUCUCUCCCCAGAUCGGCCCAGCAGCAGCCCUGUCCCAGCACCACCCGGCCCCUCCUCCACACCCACACUUCCAACACCCCCAUAGCCAACACCAGCAGCAUCGUCGCUCCCCGGCCUCUCCUCACCCUCCGCCGCCCUUCCCGCAUAGGAAUCCGGCUUUCAGCCAGUUGCCACACUUGUCUAACAGCCUGAACAAGCCACCGUCCCCCUGGGGUCCGGCUAGCUACCAGAGCCCCUCUCCUUCCCCUGGCUCCUCCACCUCCUGGAGUCCCGGAGGAGGCUAUGGCAGCGGCGGCGGCGGCUGGGGAGGCUCUCAAGGCAGAGAUUAUCGCCGUGGGCUGAACGGCGGCAUGACCCCCAUCAACUCCAUUUCACCACUAAAGAAGACCUUUCCCAACAACCACAUGGCGUCCCAGAAAUACCCCCGCAACAGUCCCGCAGGCUUCAACCCCAAGUCCUGGAUGGAUGAUGGAGUUGGCCGCAGCGACAACAUCUUCCCCUUUCAGGAACGCACCAGGUCAUUUGACAGCUUCAACAUGAACACUCUGGAGAGCUCCCUGAUCGACAUCAUGAGAGCUGAGCAGGAUAACCUGAAAGCCAGGAAUUAUAGCAGGAGACGAGGUCACUCCUCUCUCUUCCCCAUGGAGGACGGCUUCCCCGACGACGAGCGUGGCGAGCAGGGCCUCGCCGGGUUGGGCUCUCCUCACUGCUUCCCUCACCAGAACGGGGAGCGCGUGGAACGCUACUCCCGCAAGGUUUUCGUCGGGGGUCUGCCUCCGGAUAUCGAUGAAGAUGAGAUAACAGCCAGUUUCCGGCGUUUCGGACACCUGUUUGUGGACUGGCCUCACAAAGCGGAGAGCAAAUCUUACUUCCCCCCUAAAGGCUAUGCCUUCCUGCUGUUCCAGGAUGAGAGCUCAGUGCAGGCUUUGAUCGAUGCCUGCAUCGAGGAGGACGGCAAGCUGUACCUCUGUGUGUCCAGCCCCACCAUCAAAGACAAGCCGGUCCAGAUCCGCCCGUGGAACCUCAAUGACAGCGACUUCGUGAUGGAUGGAUCUCAGCCUCUGGACCCCAGGAAAACCAUCUUUGUGGGCGGAGUUCCUCGUCCGCUCCGUGCAGUGGAGCUGGCCAUGAUCAUGGACCGCCUGUACGGGGGAGUCUGCUACGCCGGCAUCGACACAGACCCCGAGCUGAAGUACCCCAAGGGAGCGGGGCGGGUCGCCUUCUCUAAUCAGCAGAGCUACAUUGCUGCUAUCAGUGCUCGCUUUGUACAGCUGCAGCAUGGAGAAAUCGAUAAACGGGUGGAAGUGAAGCCAUACGUGCUGGACGACCAGCUGUGCGACGAGUGCCAGGGGACCCGCUGCGGCGGCAAGUUCGCCCCGUUCUUCUGCGCCAACGUCACCUGCCUGCAGUACUACUGCGAGUACUGCUGGGCGGCCAUCCACUCGCGCGCCGGCCGGGAGUUCCACAAGCCCCUGGUGAAGGAGGGCGGCGACCGGCCGCGCCACAUCUCCUUCCGCUGGAACUGAGCGGAGGCCGGAGAGGGAGAGGCAACGGAGGCAAGGCAGCAGGAGGGCAGGUAGUGCAGGAGUCGCAAAUCAUUGUACAAAUAAAUGCACUUUUCUGUUGCUGGUUCCUUUUCGCUCUAAUUUCACCGGACUUUUUUUUGUUUGUUUGUUUGUUUUUUUCUUUUUCUCCUCGUUUUUAUUUUUUAAAAGUUAAUAUAUAUCGAUAUUUUGAAGAUAGAAAAGAAAAACUGGAACUAUAUCCGAUAAUGUCCAGCAAGGAAAAAAAAAAGAUGUGUAACAUAGUUUUAUUUAUGCGUUUGAUUUUUUGGAAUAUUUUUAUUAGUUCUUGGAAAAAAAACAACAACAACAUAUAUAUAGGAAAGGUUGCGGUGUGAUUCUGGUACUCUGCUGUUCAAUUGGCAUAUUUUUUUUUUUUUUUUUUUUUUUUCCUAAAGCGUGUAUUUCCAAAACGACCUGUUUCCAUUCGACACUCAGCUGACUUGUAGCAGAGCUGUUUCUCCUUUCUUUCUUUUGUCCGGAGUCUCCACCGGCGAGACUCCGGGCUCCACGGCAAAAAAAAUGUGCUUUUGAAAAGAAGAAGAAGAAGUAGGAAAAAAAAAAAGGUGUUGCUGAAGAAGAGUGCACUUAUUUCCAGUUGAAAGAGUGAAGACACAGUUAUAUGAGACCCUUAGUAGUUAACCAAAGCUGAAUCUCAAUUCACACAGAGGGCCCACUGCUGAACAAAACCCAUCCUUUUUCCCCUCCAGAUCACAACAACAAGUCUGAACUUCUCUUUUUUAUGGUUUCUGAGGCCGUACGGAUAUUUUAACCUUACUUGAAAAA